AUCUCUUCUUCACUAGCCGCCUCUCUGGAAUAUAAAAUAAAUAAAUAAUCAUCUUGGAUCUGGCCUGUGGGAUAUCAGGCCCCUCAUAGAGCGUUGUCAGCCAUCUGGUGGUGAAGUUUCCAGCCGUCACCAGGUCCAUCAUAGAAACUUCUUCCCAGGGAAUUGCGCAAAGAGCAAGGAAAAUCCAAACCGCCACCAUGGCACCACCCAAGGAUCGAAAUGCAGAGAACCUCGCAGACCUGAGGCUGCGGUCGCGACAAGCCUACCUGGCGAAGCGCGAGCAAGAGCAAUUGGCGCUGCUGGAGAGGCAGGUCGCCGACGAGGCGCAGGAGCUCCGGACGAACUCCAAGCUCAGCGACGCGGAGAGGCGGGAGUUUGCGAAGAACCGCGAGACGCUGAAGCUUGCGAGGGAGAGGCUGGCCAUCGAUGACCACACGACGGGGUACCUGGUGCCUGAUGUGGAUCUCAGCGACAAGACGGAGAUUUUGAAUAGGCGGAGCAAUGAGGAGUAUAAGAGCGAGGUGCAGCAGUGGGAGGACGAGCAGACGGCGAAGGUGAAGACGCAGAUCUCUAGGGGCGGCGCGAAGGUGCAGCAGGAUGAUUAUGAGUUUGUGUUUGAUGAGAGUGCGGCGCCGCAGUUCGUGAUGGAUGCGGCGAGCAGGCUUGAUCCUGAGAAGGCGAAGCUGGAGCAGAUGCUGAAUGCUGCGGAGAAGAAGGCGCAGUCGAUCGAGGAGACGAGGAAGAGUCUUCCGAUCUGGGCGUACCGGGAGGAGCUCAUGAGCGCCAUCCAGGACCACCAGGUCUUGAUCGUCUCCGCGGAGACUGGUAGUGGAAAGUCGACACAGAUUGUCCAGUUCUGUAGGGAUUUCGGCCUGACGAAGAAUGGGAUGAAGGUUGGCUGCACACAACCCAGGCGUGUCGCGGCUAUGAGUGUUGCGACUCGUGUGGCAGAAGAGGUGGGAUGCCGAGUGGGCGAGGAGGUGGGCUACAGCAUUCGAUUCGAGCAAAAGACGUCCGACAAGACCGUCAUCAAAUUUUUGACGGACGGAAUGUUACUACGAGAAACAUUGACAGAACCCGAUCUUGCUAGCUACUCGGUCAUCAUCCUCGACGAAGCCCACGAACGUAGCGUUUCCACGGAUCUGCUGAUGGGCCUACUCAAGGACCUGCUUCGCCUUCGGACAGACCUAAAAAUCAUCAUCUCUAGUGCUACUGCCGACAGUAUCAAGUUCUCAAAAUUCUUCAGCGACGCCCCCGUUUUCAACAUCCCCGGACGACGAUUCUCAGUCGACAUCCACUACACGCCUCAACCGGAAGCAAACUACCUACAAUCAAGCGUCUCUGUCGUUAUGCAAAUCCACAUUUCACAGCCUUUGGCAGUCCCCGAUGGCCCACUUUCCGGCGACAUCCUUGUGUUCCUUACUGGUCAGGAUGAGAUCGAAAUGGCGGAGCAGUAUCUACAGGAAACAACACGAAAGCUUGGAGGUCGGAUACCGGAGCUCACAAUAUGUCCCAUUUACGCCAACUUGCCGUCUGACCUGCAGGCCAAGAUCUUCGAACCAGCUGCACGCGGAGCGCGCAAGGUCAUCCUGGCCACCAACAUUGCCGAGACAUCCCUGACAGUGGACGGUGUUACCUACGUCGUGGACACAGGCUUCGAAAAGCAGAAUGUGUACAGCGCGAAGACGAGAACCGAAUCACUCGUCGUCGUGCCAUGCUCCCGAGCAUCAAGUAACCAACGUGCCGGCCGUGCCGGACGAACAGGCCCUGGAAAAUGUUUCCGACUCUUCACCAAAUACGCCUUCCACUCCGAAAUGGAAGCGUCAACGACCCCAGAAAUCCAGCGGAUGAACCUCACCUCCGUGGUCCUCAUGCUCAAAUCGCUCGGCAUCAACGACCUCGUCAACUUCGACUUCAUGGACCCACCAUCUCCAGACGUCCUCAUGUCCGCGCUGGAGCAGCUCUACGGCCUCGGCGCGAUAUCCGACCAAGGCGGCGUCACGAAGAUCGGGCGACAAAUGAGCGAAUUCCCCACGGACCCCUUCCUCGCCAAAUCCCUCAUCGCGUCCGACAAAUACGGCUGCGUGGAAGAAGUCCUCUCCAUCGUCGCCAUGCUCUCCGAAUCCGGCUCCCUCUUCUUCCGCCCCAAGGACAAGAAACUCCUCGCGGACGCCGCGCGCGCGCGCUUCAACAACAAAGACGGCGGCGACAUGCUGUCGCUGCUCGCGAUCUGGAACCAGUGGGUGGACGCGGACUUCGACCCGCGGUGGGCGCGCGAGAACUUCCUGCAGGAGCGCACGCUCAAGCGCGUCCGCGACGUCCGCGAGCAGCUCGAGAAGCUGUGCGAGCGCGUCGGCAUCCAGAUCUCGUCCGCCGGCGCCGCGGACCACGUCGCUAUCCGGAAGGCGCUCACAGCGGGGUUCUUCAUGAAUUGCUGCCGCAUCUCCCGUGACGGAUUGGCCUACCGCACCGUCGCGAACGGGAUGUCCGUGUAUAUUCAUCCUUCGAGCUACCUCAUCGAGACGAGGCCGAAGUGGGUCGUCUACUAUGAGCUUGUGCUCACGAGCAAGGAGUAUAUGAGGGGCAAUAUGCCGAUCGACCCCGAGUGGCUGAUCGAGGUCGCGCCGCAUUAUCACAAGAGGGAUCAGCUGGAUAAGUUGGGCAUGGAUAAGAAGAUGGGGAAGCAGGGGCAGGGCAAGGUCGGCGUGUAGAUUGGACUGUUCCGACUGUCUAGGCGUGAAUGAGCGACGAGAAUGUAUUACUGUAUUGUUUAGGCGGCAUGGCACGGUAAUCAAGGGCGGACGAGGAGAAGAUCUCGCAAAUCUUACAGUUUGGUGAAUAUCUAUGUACUGUACCAAGGCGCCGUCAGCAGAUUGACCAACUGAAUGAAGGGUGGGCGGAAGGAGUAGUUAAGAUGACAGAUACCCCCAAGCAUAAAUCACGGCGCAUUGGAUUCAAAAAGAGGAAAAAGGAGACCUGAAUAGAUCAUCGUUCAUUCUGCAUUCAAUCAUCGUCUCUAGUUAUCCACCCCUUGCUAAGUCAAACG